AUGAAUAAAAUUGGAUUUUCGUUGUUUGUACAAGUAUUUAAUGGGACUUCAGAUGAAUUAAAACAAGUUAUUAAUCAAUUUAAUCCAGAUAUUGGUAUUAUUCAUAUUGAACAAAUAAGAAAUUAUAAAUUUAAAGUAACAGUUCAAAAUACAGAACAAGGAAGAAUGUUAAUGAAUUUUAAUGAUUUUUUAUGGAAUGGAAGUAAAAUGGUUGUUACAUUUGAACGAGAACCACCAAGAGAACAACAAUAUAAAUUUGUAUUAGAACAAAUAAAAUAUAAAUAUUGUAAUAUUAAAACACGUUCUUUAGACCUUUCAUUUUUUAUUAACAAAUUAAAAGAAUUUGAAUAUAGAUCAACUCAAUCAUUUGACAUUCUUUUAAAGGAUGCAUUAAAUUAUUAUUAUCAAGAUAUUCCUGAUCUUUUAUCAUUAAAUUUAAGUAAUAAUAACAUUAAUUUGACAACAUUCUUUGAUGAAAUGUGUCAUGGAUUUAAAGAACUUACUUUAUUAGAUUUAUCAAAUAAUAAAAUUACAAAUUAUAUGUGUUUGGGUUGUCUUAAAAAUAUUCCAUUAAGAAACCUUUGUCUUUUAGGUAAUCCAUUACCACAAGUUGAUUCUCUUUUUCUUAUUCAUACAUUUCCUUUCUUAGAAAUAUUCAAUAAUAAAUUAUUUGAAAGAUAUAAUUUUAAUUGUACAAUUAAAAGUAAUGUGAAUACUCUUCAAUAUAAUACUAUUCAUCCUUUAAAUCUCAAUAAAUUUGAAAGUAUUUAUAAUUUCUUUGAUACUUAUUUCAAAUUUCAAGAUAAUAAUAUAGAGUCAUUGUCACAAUUAUAUUCAACAUAUUCUUAUUUUGAUAUUACUCUUGGAAAAGGAGUUCAAUUGGUUGGAGUUAAUUCAAGAAAUAUUAUUAAUUUGAAUGCAAUUGAUACAAAAAGGUUUAUUCAAAGUGGAACAAAUCAAAUUAUUAAUGGAUUAAAAACUCUUGGAAAGACUAAACAUCGAAUAUCUGACAUGUGUUUUGAUAUUGUUGAACAAGGAGUAUUUUAUAUAAUUAAUAUUAUGGGACAAUGUGAAAUUAGACAAAACACUUUACAAUUUUGUAGAACAUUUAUUGUUAAUACUGAAAACCAACAAUUAAUAAUAGUAAAUGAUCAUUUACAUUUAUACAAUAAUUCUAAUAAAUUCAUUGUAAUUAAAACAUUUUCAAAAUUUCUUAAACAUAUAGUUCAUUCAUUUCCUGGAAUUAAAGAAAAACAGGCAUUAAUAGUUUUAGAAAAGAAUAAUUGGGAUAUGAAAAAAACUGAAUCAGAGAUAUGUAAUUUACUUCAUAUUCAACCUCUUACAAUGAAACAAUUAAAUCCAAUGAAUAAUCUCGAAGGAAUUGAGGAAAAUGACAUUGAACAUCUUAAUGAAGAAAAUAUCUCUAAACUUGUAGAAUUGGGAUUUUUAAGAGAAACAGCUAUUCGUGCUUUAAUUUUAUCUGAUGGAAAUCUGGAACUUGCAGCAGAGAGACUUACUCAACAACAAGACUCUUUUGUUUUAGAAGAAAAUAAUGAUGUUUGGAAUCAACAAGAUGAAGAGAAUAUUCAACGUUUGAUUGCUUUAGUUCCAAAUAGGGAAGUUUGUAUUUCAGCCUAUUUACAAAAUCAUAAAAACUGUGAGCGUGCAGCAGAUUCUUUAUUUCAAUGA